UCCACGUUCAAGUCGAUCGUUCCCUUCACUCUCGCAACAUGGGGUUGGAAAAGUGAAAAAGGCACAAAUCGUCAAGUGCAAGCCGAGUACGACCACGUCGAGAACUCGUCGCGAUUAUGCCGGGCACGGUGGGCCGCAGCAGACUGCAACAGUUGUGCACGUGUCGCAUAAAGGUGUACGUGCAUCGGAAAAAAAGGUUCGGAAUCAAAGACCGUUCCAAGAGAAAGAGACAGGUCUUCGUGUACAAUCCGGAAGAGGAGAUCUGGCACGAGCCCUACAUGCAGACGCUCCGCCGCGAGUUCUCGGACGAGUCCGUGCUGUGCGACUCCAAGAUCGAGCUACCCUGGCGGGACAUCGCCCUGCCGACGGCGGGCAUGAGAAUUCGCACGUCUCCCGACGUGGCUCCGAUGACGGCCGAUCGGGAAACGGACGAGGCUGAAACGAAAACCGUCAGCGGCGAGAGGCGAGAGUCCACCGGCGCCAUGGCGCUGCCGUGGCAGGAUUUGCUCAUCACGGAGACCCUGCGGAGCACGUUGGAGUCGUUGGACGAGCCGGGGACCUGCGACUCCGCGUUGGAGAUACCCUGGGCCGACCUGGCCCUGGAGAAGCCGAUAGAGAUACGUCCGCCGAGGGAGGAGCAGACCUGCCCGUCCGACGACGUCGAGAUCCCCUGGGACGAGAUCCUGCUGCCGCGCAACAUCGUCAUCAAGUCCGAGAGGAAGCGGAAGCAUCCCUCGUCCCUUCGACGGCCGCGUCGCGAAGACCCGCGUCACGACACGACGUCCAUUCCCUGUGAGAGACGCGGCGUGCCUACCUGCUGCGCGAAAAUCCGCGCGAAAACCCGCUCGGAAACCCAUGCGGAAACGGGAACGCACGCGCACGUCGCGGAUCCUAAUUGGAUUCUCACCUGCAUGUAAAGCUGCACGCGUAAACAUUUAAUUUGCUUAUUUCAUUAAAUCCCACAUUUCAGCCGAAAAAGUUACGUGUCGCUUUAAAUUCAGUAUCGAUAUCUCUCGAGAAAUUUCUCGCUCGUUUUGCCGCAGAUAGAGGAGCGAUACCUAUUAUCAAUUCAAAGUCAAAGAGAGGAAAUACGCCGACACGCGACAAUGCGAAAUCACACGCUGCAAAAAUUGCCGAGGAAAAGUCCGAUUUGCAUUUUGAAACCUUGAUCCGUUCGUUUUGCUCGCCCGGAUCUUGCGUUACUAGAUUAUUAUCUUUUUUGAGAUCCUUACGGCGUUAACGUAACAGAGAAAAGUAAAGGCCUUGAGAGCGGUUUGAAAAUGCUUUUUGAAACAAAACAAAUUUAUUUUAUUUAUCACGAGACGGAUAGAAUUUCC